AUGUCUUGCUGUCGACCAAAAUGCAGGGGGGGUGGGAGAUCUUCUGCUAGAGAAACCAUAGGAAGAGUUGCAGCCAGAGGUGUAGCUAAGAAAAUUCUCAAGCAAUUUUCAGGAACUGAGGUUCUUGCUUAUGUCUCCAAAGUCCACAAGGUCGAACUUUCAGUUAAUGUUGUUGAUUAUGAGACUCUGACACUUGAUGAGAUAGAGAGUAAUAUUGUUAGGUGCCCGAAUCCCGAAUAUGUGGAGAAAAUGAUUGCUGCCAUUGAUGUUGUCCGAGUCAGAGGGGAUUCUGUUGGUGUUGUUGUCAGAUGUAUUGUGAGAAAUGUCCUGCGUGGCCUUGGGUCACCAGUCUUGGAUAAAUUUGAGGCCGAGCUGGCUAAAGCUGCUAUGUCAUUACCUGCAACAAAGGGUUUCAAGUUUGGCAGCGGGUUUGCUGUGACAUUUAUGACUGGGAGUGGACAUAAUGAUGAAUUCUUUAUGGAUGAACGUGGCUGA